AUUGAAGGAUUUUCGCGCUAUGAAACACAAAGUUUCGAUUUUCAAAAAUGUUUCAAAGCACGAAAAUCCUUCGAUAUUUAACGUUUCCGCAUGAUUUUAGUUCAAGCAAUUAGCCACUGCCUUAUACAAAUCAAAACACUCUUUAGUUUUUUCAUCUCAGAUAAACCAAUCCCCUGGAAUCGUGAAAACCAUGGAGAAACAUAUGGGUUCCUGUGGAAUAGUUUUACAUCGAAUCUACCCGAGAUAUCAGAUUUAAAAAAUUCUAUCAUAAAGUUGAAAUACCAAUAAAUAAACCCUUAAGGUUUCAAAAGACUGUUUUUUUUCCUCGCGGCAAGAAAAUCGCAAAACUACCCCAAAAAUCCGGCUGCCACACGGAGUGACCUCCUUAAAUUUUCGCUCGGAAAGCUCACUUGCAAUUAUGGAUCUCAAUAAUGAUUCACUUUAAUAAUUGCAACUUUCACCGCAUUUUGUGAGGGUAUAUUCAUGCGUAUGCGAAGAAUGCGAAAGUCAGUUGCACGCCAACGAUCGACUUGCCAUUUGCCCAGAAAAUUGAAAGAAUACGCUUCACUUUCCGGUUUUUAAUAAUACAUGGAUUUUCCUUUAUUUAUCAUUCGGUCAUUUGCCAAAGAAAGUUCUAUUUUCUUGCCUUUUUUUGCAGCGUCUUAAAAAUUUGCAUACCUCAUUUUUUAUACACCUUGAUUGUGUUUUUAUGAGGGGACUUGCGAAAUUCACAUGUGACCCAAAUAACGACCACCCUAAUGUAUAUUAUAUUCGUCGAUAUGCGAUGCGAGAGGGACAAGAGGGGGAAUUAAACUGCGUUUAUUCAGGUGAAAAACAGAUGAAUGAUUGUAUUGGAAUAAAGAAUCCAAAACUUAAUGGUCUCUCCCCACCAACCACAUCAUCAAUAUUAAUCUCAAUCAUUAAUAUUAUCAACUAUCGACUCGAUUCCCAAUCGUCGUGCACUCUUUGCGCUUCGAUACCAUUAAAAAGACUUUUUUUCGAACGUUUUUUUUUUUGAAUGAGGACUAAAAUUCAGAGGUCGUCAUGAGUACAAAUAGAUUUGUAAUCUCACGAAAAGCAUCAUUCGCGUCUGCGUUAGUAAAAAGUUUUUCUUCGGAUCGCACAACGACGAUUAUUAUUGAGUUGAAUUUCGGACAUUAAUAACUGAAAUUUUGUCGUUUUUUGAUAAUCAAUAUGAAGGCACUCUCUGGUCUUUGGAUCUUUUUUAUUGUACUGGCAGUGACCAUCUUUGUCAUAAUUGGCUCCCCCCACGCGUCAGUUGAUUGCAAGCCGUGGGAUCCAUUUGAAAUCAACCCGAAAUGGCAAUUUCUUGCGUGGUCAUCGAGUCAAUCAAACCCGUGUCCAGAAGGCUUCGAGUUACACGAUGGCGAAUGUUGGGCCACAACGAUCUCGAGUUGACAAGAUACUUCCCGUGCAGUAAAUUGAGACCGUUCCAAGUCAAGCUCGUCGAGAAUCAUCUAUGUAUACGAGGAAAAAUUCAUGCUGUGUCCCAUCGUUAUAUAACGCGACGUCGAAAAUGUUCUCUUCGAAAAUAAAGAAUCUUCGUCUGUGAAUACCUCAAAAUUAUCGAAAGUUUAUAUUUUCAUUAAAUUGAAGCCUCUGUAUCCACUAUCUGAGUUCAACAUUAACAGAUUGAUAUAAUAACGCAUAAGAUUUUUUUAUAUCACACUUUGUUUACUAAUGUAGGCUUGAGGAGUCGCGCAUAGGAUGUAUUCUUGCUCAAUGUAUUCUAACAUCGCGUCCUACCUAGUGCUUACGACGAAUAAAUAUGCAUAAACUAAUCAGAGAUCUGAAAGUCGUUAUCAUUUUUUACUUUCCGGGUAAAUCGAUAAAUAAUUUUUUUUAUACAUCUUUACAUUUGUCCAGCAGCAGGUAAUUGAUUUUAAUUUUUAUUGCGAAGAUAAAUCCUGGUAUCAUUUAGCCUGGAAUUAAUCCCACAUUUCCUAAAGUAACAAAAAGUGUGGGAAAUUUUAUUCGUUAUUGUAGUAUAUAGUAGUUGGCCGUAUUUACACGAAUAGCCAUUAUUACACCCUCUGUAUUCGCGAAAAGAAUACAUAAAGUAUUAUAUAUAUCGAUCUGAGAGUCUUGAUCAUGCGAGAAAAAUGAUCCGUUCUUUUCGCACUUUUCUUUUACACCGAUUAUGAAAGAAAUUCUGUUCAAUUUUUCAAGAUAUAUCAUCUCACACAUGGUGAUAAUAACUUGAGCUUGGAUAAUUCUUAGUUUCUAGAAAAAUGUUCGAAAUAGACAUGACGCAGGACACUCUGCUAUAUGACCAUAUCUGACAGCGACAUUUUCGUACGGAAUGAGUUCGUUCAUUCAAUAUUUAUCGUGCAGUAAUUAUACGAGUUUCACUGAUCCUUUUCCCAAUAUGUGCAAAGUGACAUGUAAUAUGCGUCUUUUCUCUGCAAUUAUUAUUCUUUUACGAUAUGAAUAUAUAUACGUAAAACUACAUCACCGUAGUAUAUCAUUGUUAUUAAAUCAUGCACGCAUAUAUAUCUAUAUGAUCUGUACGCACUCGACGAUGAGAAAGGCGGGAAGCAUUCGGUCAAGGCUUCCGUACGGCUUCUUUAAGUAAACGUAGUAUACACAGAGUCAUGGGGAGAGAAGAAAAAAAUUCCCUGGAAAAAAGUACAUUUACUUAGAUGCAGCACAGAAUAACGAUAGAGUGUUGCAUAAGCAGAAAACAGGCGUCUUUUUUAAGUUGUCGUUCUCUUCAUCGUUGUGGUUAUGAAUUUAUUCGUUAAUCGGGAUUUAAAACAUUUUUUUCUUCGAUUUUCAGUGAGCGAAACGCGUUUCUCGAGAUAGAGCUUUCGUCGCGUCGUUCAUACAAGUUUGUGCGCGUGUAUCUUAUUUUACAGCCAAAGCAAAGUACUAACCGCGAGAUAAGACAGUCGCCGGCUUACCGUACCUAUCUCAUUCUAUCUCGUGUGUGACUUAAAAAACGAACGCUCUCUCUUGCUCUCUCUAGAAUACGCGUUUUUGAGCACAGACUUGAGCAUAAAUCUUUUUGUAAAGUCGCAAAUUUGAAUAAACAAAUAAAAAACUAAUAUGGCCGACCCUACAAUACAAACGUUUUGUUGUCAUCACAACAACAGUACUGACAUGGCAGUAGUUAUAAUGCAAGAAUUUAACACUGAUACUUAUAAUACUGUUUGCAUGCUCUCAUCGGCAAUGGGAAUUCUCGGAGCUAUAUAUCAGAUUCUUCCUCGGCAAACUUCCUCAUGGACUCAUCGGUGCCAAAAUUUUUCAGCCUCCAGAGGAAAAGACAUUAUUAUUAGUUUAGCUAUAGCAGAUCUCUUUGCUUCAUUGGGAGUUUUUGUCAGAUCGGCACUGUGGAUGAACUUUAAGAGCAUCAUGCCCAUGGAGGAUGAUACUUCGAGCGUUGUAUUUUGUGCCCUUUCAUCGGCUUGGACGCAAUACUUCUACAUGGCCACAUGGAUUUGGACUCUUUGCUACGCAUAUGACAUGAAACUUCUGCUUGGUGAACGAGCUGGACAUCCAUCUUAUUAUCACGCUAUCGCUUGGAUCUGUCCUGCUGUACUCACUACUUUUGGCUUAACCAUUUUGUACAUUCCUGAUGCGAAUUGUCACAACUUGACAUCCCUGUCAACAGCAAUAUUGCGGAUACUGCCAAACUACUGUGCUACGUACGUUUUACUGGCAGCUGUAAUGAUUGUAAAUCCUGCGCUGUACGUCUCGUCUACGAGGAAUUUACAAGACGCUGUCAACUGCAGUCUCUCUCAAGUUACCGGACGCGAGAGGAAACUUGUCCAAACAAUUAAACUCAAAUUCGCUCUUACCAAUAUCGUCUAUUACGUCUGUUGGGUACCAAAUUUAAUAAAUGGUAUUCUUUUGUGGACCUUGUGGUUCCAAUUACCAAUCAAAGUAAUCAUUACUUUGUGGUAUAUUAUGGCAGUGACCAAUCCACUCCAAGCAUUCUUCAAUUCUCUCGUUUACCGUCGGUGGGGUAAACGAGAAAAAUUACGUACGGAAUGGUGUCUCAAGAAAUUGGGAUUCAACAAAAUAGUAAAAGAAGACGAGAGUAGUGAUUUUUCGGAAUCUUCCCCGUUAUUGACGCCAAAGUAUGCUUACACGCCACACACGAGCAUAAACGGUUCGUCGUCUCUCUGAAUAAAGGAAUAAAUUAAUUUAUAUAAAAAAAUGGAUUUCUUUUUAUAAAUAUUUAAGAGCUAAGAAUUACGACUGUGAUACUACAAAAUACGAAGCGUGUUACGAAGCGAAGUAUUAUAAUAUUCAAAUAUUCUUUUUUUACUCAAAAUGCGUUCGUUUCAAUUUGUUUAAAAUCACGCAAACAUGUUCGCAAGUAUUUUAUUUGUAUAAUAAAAAAAAGUAACAAAACAAA